AAGCGUGAUGAGUUAGCCACAUUUUAAAGAUGUAUGACAUGUUUUAUAAAUAACUGAAAUGGGCUACCUUCAGUCUGAACGUAAGUUUGAAAUAUCGGUUGUUUACCUAGUAUGUAUAUGGGUUAACUAGCAUGCGUGAUGAGUUAGCCACAAUUUAAAGAUAUAUGGCAGGUUUUAUAAAUAACUGAAAAAGGCUACCUUCAGUCUGAACGUAAAUUUGAAAUAUCGGUGGUUUACCCAGUAUAUAUAUGGGCUGUCGUUUUUCUAUUGAUUCACUAUUAUGUGAUAUUCUCAGUAACUGUUAUGAUAUGUGAUAUCUCAAUAUUUAUUUAAUGUAUUAAUGAUUUCAUAAUUUACGAUAUCAUUAAAUGUAUUUUGUGAUACCCUAGAAUGAUAUAUCUUUUAAUUGCGUUACCAUUUAUAUAUUUUCAGCUUACUUCCGCGCGGACAGCGGUCUAAAAUGUAAACUGAAUGUGGGAAUGUUCCCGAGAAAAGUAGGACUUUGAACAAAGACAUAGGUCUAAAAGCGGAUAAAAUGGCUGACGAACUUUUGAAAACAGUACAGGAAAUACAAAGUUCCAACAGGUUUAUACUGAAAAGACUAAAUGAUCUCUUCCAUACCUCCGAAGGCCAGUGUUCCUGUUUCCGAAAACAAGAACGUUAUCAGCAAGAUAUACAGGAAUUGCAGGCAAAGAUAAGUGAAUUAGAAAAUGUUGUGAAAGAGAAAGAUCGAGUUCAAAAAGAACUUAAUGCACAGUUUGAACACUUAAAAGAAAGAACUGAUUCGCUUGAAAUAUCUUUGAUGGCGGUGCAAACAGACGACUCUAAAUUACAUUCUGCAAGUUUACGUAAAACACAGGCAGCUUUAAAACAGGGACACUCUGAAACAGAACUAGUCAAACAGAAUUCCGCUUCAAGUGAUGAAGAUAAACUUGAAAGCAGGGAAAAUACAAGCCAAGUAUAUCAUACGAAAAACAUUGAGAAUUCAGUACCGGUCACACAGGUAAAAGAUUCCUGUGAAGCACGUGGUUCGCAAGGUGUAGCACCAGACAGCAAAGCGCCAUCUAAAGAUAAAAGCAAACAAGAUACAGACGGUAUACAAAAAGAUAUUGUUGGAGAAUUGACGGAGAAAGAUAAAAGUAACACAACUGUGACAGAAAACGAAAACAGAGUUUCACAAAAGGAAAGAUAUGCCAUAGGUCAAAACAAUGAGAAAACAGACGUUGACAAGACAGCUCCAGCAUCUUCAAAAAGUACACGACUAGAGAAAAGCCCUACAAAGAAGCCUGUUGAAGUAAUCAAGCAAUCAGUAAGAAAAACAUAUGGCAAUGAACAGUUCUGGAGAUAUAUUGCCAGACAAGAAUGUGAAGAAGGAGAGAGAUCGUUGAAGGAUCUAGAAGGCGUGCACACAGUUUUAUGUCUGGAUAUCUCAGCGAGUAUGGCAGAACAAAAUGCUUGGACAGAAGCCAAAACAUUUGUACUUGAUUAUUUGAAUGGGCUUGAAGAUAUUUCUUUAAGACAUGGUCUGACAAAUGAACACGUGGCCCUUGUAACGUUCGGACAUGAGACAAAAGUACAAAAGCGAUUAACAAACAAUUACAGUGAAAUUCGACAACUGGUUGAAAUGCAGCAACUUGGAGGGCCGAGUCCUCUGUAUGGAGGUCUGGUGUUUGGAUUAGCCGCCGCCGGUGCAUCAAACCACACAUUCGAAGUUGUCAAUCAUGUUCAAGUAUUUACUAAAGCUAUUAUUGUGACCGACGGUCAUCUUACUGAAGUUGGCCAAUAUGAAGGACCAGAUACACCUGUUGAAAAUCUAGAUGAGACGAAGGCGAAGAUUAUACAAGGCAUAGAAGAAUACAAAAGCAGCCAUAUCGAUACAUACUUCGUUCCUGUUGGAAGAAAACACAAAGAGACAACUGAAUUUCUAGACCUAUUGUUAGCUGUAACAGAUGGAAAGAAGUUAGAUUUUAAGUCGGGAAGGCAGUUUUCAAGACGACAUUUUUUAACGACGAAGAUAGCUAAUCCUCUAGGAUUAUUCGGAGACACCUCCCUUCCCUUCAUUACAACUAAUCAGUCUGACUUCUCUGCAGAGGAUAAGCGAAUGAUUGAUGAAAUAAAAGCUGAUGCGAGAAAAAAUAUGUUUGCACACAUGGAUAGAGUCAAUGAAAACAGGUAUCAAGAGAUAGAGGGAUCCAACUUACCACCUAUCGGCAGCCGUGUCCGCAGGGGACCGGACUGGCGUUGGAAUAUGCAAGAUAGUAACGGACCGGGAACAGUCAUAGGACAUGCCCGUGGCCAGAUAUAUAUAGAAUGGGACACAGACGGUCACCAGAAUAAUUACCGGUACGGACGUCGGGGUUAUGAUGUCCUAAUUGUUGAAGAACCUCGACAACUUAAACCUGGACAGAAGAUCGCUGUUGGUUGCGUUGUGAAACCAGGAAAAGAUUGGGCGCAGUCGUCUGCGAAAGGACAGUACAUGCAAAAAGGUGUCGUGAUCAAGCUAGACCAACCUAAAGCAACUGUUCGCUGGGAUAAUGGAGAAAAAGGUGAUUACUCAUACGGCGUGGCGGGAAAAUGUGAGAUAGAAGUCUGUACGGGGUUCGUGGCAUCCGGUUCGGCAGGCCAUGUUCUGGGAUCUGGAGUAACAACAGCACCGCCAGAGAAAAAAACAAAGAAUAAAAACAAGAAUGUUCACUGAUAAUUAGUUACGGAACUCUUCUGAAUAAACGUUGAGACAUCAACUUGAUAGAUGUGUGUCAUCACGUGAUAAAGCUAGAAGCCUUUCUUCCACAAUUAUGUAUUACUGCUGACACAUAGAUAGUAAUUGAUAAUGCACAAGUUUCGAGCUAAUAAAUCGGACUGUACUGUUUUAAAGUGAUUUCCUCUAUGUGAGGGGAAUUGGCAGUUAAAUGUCCGGAGGACUGUUUUCGUUAGUAACAGUUUCAAGUAAAAUCUGUUUAUUAUUAAUGCAAAAUUGCUAUUUAAUACAUGUAUAUGUAGGUUUAGUAACUAUGAGCGUAUUUGAAAUUGUUCAAUGACUAUAAUUGAAUCUCUCACAGUAGAUUAGCCUACUAGUUUUUAAAACGUGA